UGUGAUAUUCAAUAAAAAAAGAAAAUUUGGCAAAUUUGAUUUCAUGGUGACUUUAAGGAACUGAAAUGGGACUAUUUUUUCAGUCCCACGCAUCACACAAACACAGAACCAGGAAACCAGAAUCACAUGAGUUCAGAGAAACUGAAACCGAAGUGUAGUUGAGCUGUUGUAUGUUUGUGUCUCUCUCUUCAUGCAGUAAAAUGGCAGAAGCCAGAAUUUCAGUGUAUCAGAAUGAGUUCAUGUGUUCAGUGUGUCUGGAUCUCCUGAAGGAUCCAGUGACCAUCCACUGUGGACACAGUUACUGUAAGAUCUGUAUUACAGGCUUCUGGGAUCAGGAGGAUCAGAAGAGAGUCUACAGCUGUCCUCAGUGCAGACAGACCUUCAGUCCAAGACCUGCUUUAGCUAAAAACACCAUUCUGGCUGAAAUGGUGGAGAAACUGAAGAAGACUAAACUUCCUGCUGACUGUUUCGCUGGAGCUGGAGAUGUGCAGUGUGACGUCUGUACUGAAAUAAAAGACAAAGCCGUCAAGUCCUGUCUGGUGUGUCUGAACUCUUACUGUCAGAAUCACCUUGAACAACAUGAGAGUUGGUUUAAAGGAAAGAGACACAAUCUGACUGAAGCCACUGGACGACUGCAGGAGAUGAUCUGCCCGAAACACAACAAGAUCCUUGAGGUUUUCUGCCGCACUGAUCAGAAGUGUAUAUGUCUGCUGUGUAUGAUGGAUGAACAUAAAAACCACGACACUGUAUCAACUGCAGCACAGAGGACAGAGAAACAGCACCAGCUGAAGGAGAUGCAGAGGUCGUUCCAGCAGAGGAUUCAGCAGAGAGAGAAAGAUCUUCAGCAGCUGAGAGAGGCUGUGGAGUCUCAUAAGCGCUCAGCACAGACAGCAGUGGAGGACAGUGAGAGGAUCUUCACUGAGCUCAUCCGCUCCAUUGAGAGAAGCCGCUCUGAGGCCACACAGCGGAUCAGAGAUCAGGAAAAGACUGCAGUGAGUCGAGCUGAAGGACAACUGGAGCGACUGGAGCAGGAGAUCAAUGAUCUGAGGAGGAGAGACGCUGAGCUGGAGCAGCUUUCACACACACAGGAUCACAUCCAUUUCCUGCAGAGUUUCCAGUCUCUCUCAGCUCCUCCUGAAUCUACAGACGUAAAUGACGAUCCCUUCAGUUCUCUCUCCUCUUUUGAUUUCGUGAGAGAAUCUGUCCAUCAGCUGAGAGACAAACUGGAGGAUUUCUGCAAAGAGGAGCUGAAGAAGAUCUCUGACAGAGUCACUUUCACCAACAUUGUUCACUGGACCAGGAACGACUUCCUACAAUAUUCCCAUCAGCUCAAUCUGGAUCUGAACACAGUGAAUAAACACCUCCAUCUGUCUGAGGGGAACAGAGUGAUUACUUACACUGACACACUCCAGCCGUAUCCUGAUCAUCGAGACAGAUUUGAUUUUUAUCUUCAGAUGUUGUGUAGAGAGAGUGUGUGUGGACGCUGUUACUGGGAGAUUGAGUGGAGUGGGAAUAAAGUGCGUAUAUCAGUGUCAUAUAAGAGCAUCAGCAGGAAGGGACGGGGUAAUGAGUGUUUGUUUGGAGGUAAUGAUCAGUCCUGGGGUUUGCUCUGCUCUUCCUCCAGAUACUCAUUCAGACACAAAACCAUACAGACUGAUCUCCCUGAAAAGCCGAUCAGCAGUAGAAUAGGAGUGUAUGUGGAUCACAGUGCAGGAACUCUGUCCUUCUACAGCGUCUCUGGAGACACAAUGAUCCUCAUCCACACAGUCCAGACCACAUUCACUCAACCGCUCUAUCCUGGGUUUAGUGUUGGUACUGGAUCAUCAUUGAAACUGUGUUUAUGAAUCAGAAUAGGCUGUAGAGAGAUUCUACCCAUAAUGCUAUGAGCUGAUGAUAAAUCAAUAACAGUGAGAUGUUACAGAUUCUCAUUACAUUAUUAUUACAUUAAUACUACAGCUGAACUUCUGUCAGUGAAAUAACAUGUCAGAAUAAAUGUGUGUAAUAAUGAAUCCUCAUAUAGACAGUGAGAUCAAGAGCCUCAUUUAUAAAAUAUUGUGCAGAAACUGUCCUAAAUUUGAUCUUACGAUCAUUUCUCAGAUGUGCGUACAUGAGAUUCAUAAAAUCUGUGCAUAUGCAUGCUUUAUAAAUGUUUUAAGGGUAUUGUAAUUAGACCCAUGCAUCCAUAUGUUUUGUCUAGGUCAGUGUGUUCCCUAUUCCAGGAUGACAAUGCCUAUAUUCAUCAGGAUUAAAAAUGUGAAAAAUUGUCACCGAGUCAACUCAGUCACACACUCAGACACUACCAUCAUCAAUCAUUACGUUCACCAGAUCACAAUCACAACCUUGACCCCAGCCCCAUAUAUACUGUACUCCACCCGUUCACUCACUGUCUGGUCUCAACCUUACCUUGUUGUGUUCCUGGAUUUUACCUCAAUAAACAUGCUGUUGUUUUACAUCACUUACCUCUGUGUUCCUCGUCUAUCUGCUGACAGAAGACCCAACUAAUAUACUCAAGAGAUGGAGCGCCAGGCGUCUGCGGCACAGAACCCGAUCGAAGGGCUGGUCAGCGCCCUUAAAGUCGCUCUCUCUCCGGAUCCACAUCACCAAUCUGCCUCUGCCAGUCCCAUGGCUCUUCCAUCUAACUACUCGUGUGAGGCAGUUGAAUGUAGCGGUUUUCUCCUGCAAGUAUCACUGUGCAUUGAGAAGCAUUCUCAUAAAUUCAACAAUGAAAGAUCUAAAGUAGCGUUUCUAAUCUCACUGCUCAAAGGACGUGCACUGAUCUGGGCACAGGCAAUCUAGGAUUGACAUCCUGAACUGAUUAAUUCAUUUGAUGAUUUCUGUUCUCACUUCCAAGGAGUUUUCGGCCUCGCCACAGGAUCGCUCUCUGUGUUGGAUCAGUUAUUCAGUCAGUGAUUAUACACUACAAUUUCGCAUUCUAGCGGCCUCAUGCGAACAUGUGCGUUUAUAAAACAUAUACAGUUGUAUUUUUUACAAAAAUGACCGAUUGUUUUGAAAGACAUGAAGAAAGAAAGACAUGAACAUCUUGGAUGACAUGAGGGUGAGUAAAUUAUCAGGAAAAUUUUAUUUGAAAGUGGACUAAUCCUUUAAAGUUAGGACUCAGCAGUGCCCAUUCAUGUGUGAAAAUGAUUCUUUGUGCUCUGUGAACCAUUCUUUAACCCUGAUGAAUCUUGGCAUUGUCAUCCUGGAAUAUGGCCAUGAUACAUAUUCCAACAUGGUUGUUUAAGAAAUGAAAAGCUACACACUCCAUCUGUUUAUAGUUUAUAAGAUUAUAAUAGUUUAUAUAAUAUAUUUGAAUAGUUAAUACUUGAAUUAAGAGAUUUGUGUACCAACAAUAUUAAUACUAACAAUACUAAAAAUGUAACUGAUGCUCAUAUGCCACCCACACUGAAUGAUAUAGACAUCAAUAACACACCUGGGAUGACCUUUUAAAAUGUUUGCAUUUUAUACAGAUAAAUGUGGCUAAGUUUGACACCUAAUCUGUCAUCCCUGUUACCCACAUGUCAAGACCUGUUGCUCUGAAAAGUAACAGGGUUGACGGUAACAGGUUCGACAAUUUAAAGCUAAUUUGCUAUUUUCUAGCUAACAGACCAGAUCACAAAACACAUUUUGUACACUUUGAAGGGAUAUUACUUGUAGAUAUUGAUUGUUACAUUAAAUAAAUAAAUGUUUAAAUGUAUACUUUAAAAAUGAUCUCCAGUGUAUGAUUCUUGAGCUCACUCCUAGCAAUUCUGCAACAUGGCAAUCAGUUCCUUUAUAC